GGGCUUAAUAGGGUACCACAACGCCACGUGUAUUUCCUUUUUUCGUGUAUGUGUGGGGGUGUUAGUCUCUCAGUCGACCUCUCUAUUUCCUCUGUGUAUUGUCGGUUUAUGUGAAACUACUGCUGCUACGGAUAUGAGCAGACACAGCGCGAGAAAAGCACUUCCUUGGGUGAAGUGAUGACAAAUGUGAUCAUACUGUUGUUACUUACGAGGAGAAGCUAUGACAAAAAAAUUGGCACAAAAAUAAAAUAAGCAUAUUUGUUAUAAAACUUAUGUAAAUCUAGACUAAUAUGCUCUGUCGAAAUUAGAACCCUGGUUACACUAAAGCGAAUCUAAAGCGAACAGUCUCAAAUACAAACGAUUAAAAUGUUGAGCAAAAACAACAAAUAGCCCUUAUUCCAUCAAGUCGUAAUCGAUGGACCACGCUGCUCUAUACUUGUAUUUCUUGUACUUCUAUAUAUAUAUAUAUAUAUAGCUCUGCCGUUUUUAUAGAUUAUAGAAAUUGUUGUGUUUCUACUGUAAGUAGAAUUUUUUUACCUGUGUGUACUCUAUCAUAGUUAGUGUUCAAUGAAAGGAAGCGCUGAGCAUCGAUCCUAAAUGUGAGAUCCUAAGAAGAGAGACAGAAUUAUUAUAGCGUGUUCAUAGCACAGAACUAUCGAAGGUCAAGGAUAAGAUUAAAGGCUUCGACACUUCAUAGAUACACAAAUACCCGUUAUGCUACGUAGUGGACUGGGAAAAAAGGAAACUCAUCUCAGGUUCCGCUACAGAAGGACAACGUAAAUCUGAGUUGCGCACAGACAGACUCAGGAGAGAAUAUCAGAAAAAAAGAAGUUGUUUUAAGCUUUAAGUUAAAGCGGCAUUAUUCGUUUUAGUCGAAAAAUUUUCAUCAUCAAUAGAAAACCUAUAAAGCUUCUUAGCUUUCCUUCAAAUUAAUUAGACCAAUGAUUAAUUACAAUGAGACCGUCCUAACGCUGCAUCCAACAUUACCAUUAUUUUUUGUUGAGAACAGCUUCUUAUCAGUUGUUUCAGCUGCCUGGUUUGCCAUUCGCUGCUUUAUACUUUGUUAUUUGACGCUGUCGCAGCUGGCGCCGUGACGACAGCGCGGCAGCGCGAGGGUAUUAUUGACUUGCUAGAAUCGUUGCUGUCAGCGAACGCCGGGUGGUAAGGGAGACCUAUUGUACCAACGAUUCAUUGGUGCAAUUAUUUCUUUCAGGCGCUUUCUUACCACAGCAACAACAUCAAGUCACUAAUGGCCAUUUUGGUGGAAGUUUGCCGCCAUCAGAAAAUGUCAGUUAAUGAUUAGGGCUUAGAUCAUUCGAAAAUCGAAGAAGGCAACCAGCAAUGUUGUCUUUUCAUCGUGAAAGAGCAGAAGAAAUCGGAGGGCACUUAUAAAAAUAAAAAGCAUAUGAUACGGUGCGACUUAGGAUCUAUAUGUAGUUGAGAAAAUGAAAUCUUUUGUCGCCUCAUUGCGUAAAAUACCAACAGCAGGUAGCACCUUCUAUAUUAUGUGUUUUUAACGCAUUCCUAUUAAACCUAAACAAAAAGCAAACUGGAGCGAAAUAUUUUAUCAUGACUGCAUUUUUAUAUGGAAAUUAGCCAUAUCUAUCGAAUCAUUGUAAAAUAAUCUGUUAUAACAUCGUUUGUAAAUUUGUACGCUUUUUAGAUUUAAAGUUGGACAGUUGUUGGACUAAUAUUUGCUUUUUUUUGACCAUAUUAGCUAAUAAUUCAAGAUAACUAUAUGUAAAGAUACAAAAGCUAAAUCAUGGUUCGUGACCUGAGCGGACGUAUUUUAAAUUUCUUAUUCUUCGAAGCUUCGUUGUUUCAAGCAAGCCAAAUCAUGCAUUUGCUACUAGAGAACCAUUUCCCAUGAACUUAAUCAAAAUGUAAAUACUUUAUUAAGAUAUUAUCAAAAGGUUGUAGUAGGAUUCCUUCUUGCCUCGACUAAAUCAUAUAUUGCAACAAAAACUGACCUAGUAUAGGUCAAGUACAUGCAUGUCUUACACAGAACUACUGACAAACCAAACAUAUGCAACUGUCGGUGUCAAAGCGUCUACCGGCCGUUCACAAAUAAGACGUCAACGUGCUUUGUAUGCUUACCUGAUCGUAUGGGACUGCAGGUCACCACAGUUCGUAUAGUUUGGAAAAUACAAGUACGUCAUUACUACUUUUGGUAGCAGCUAAAAGAGAAUGCAGCCAAGAGACUAGUCAAUUCGAGGAUGGACAAACUGUCGCCAGCGUCAGCCAGUGCGCGUAGUAGGUCAAACUUCUGUGUCUGCCAUACUAUGCUGAGCCGCUUUCAACUUAACAAUCCUAGACAACAGCAGCCAGAUCUGGUGCAUUGACGUUGCACCGAAGAAUGAAAUGGGGGACGAUGUUCCUGAGUACGAAUUUACUAACGAGCUCCUGUAUUGACUUAACGGAACACUGCGCUAUUACGGACCACGCGAGCCCAGGCAACUACUGUACUAAAGUAAAAGUACUGAAGCGCUUUUACUUCGUCCGUGAAAUGUGACAGCUCUGUGAGUAGGGUGCCGAACGUGGCUUCCGAGCGUCUACCCCCAUUCAAGGAGCCGUGCAAUUCCAAGAACGACUGGUUGCAAAGAAUGCCGAGGUGCAUACGCGCAAGGCUCGACAAGUGGUUUCAGCAAAGGAAAGAGAUUCGGUUUAAGCUAACAUAACAAGCGCCACAGUGUUCAAAGAGCGGGACGAAAGUAGUAUAAGUUAUCGGAUAACCUGGUUACACCAAACCUUGGCCUGCUCUCAACUUGUACGGAGGAAACGCCGCGGGGUAGGGCCGGCACCCCCGCGGAGAACGCUAACGCAGUGCUCGUGAGAGCGUGUCGAGUUUCGAGACAUCAGGCGACAUUUCACUUGUCACGAGCAAGCGGCGUCCCCUCGAAUGCGGACGAACGACAAAUCGCAUUAGAUCAUAUCAUUAAUUUUAUAUGGAGAGCAGUAGUUACAUGUACAACAUCAAUGUCAUAAUUGAAAUUUAGUAUCGGAGAUUGGCCGUGUUGGUAACGGUUGCCAAAAUCAUCCAUCGAAAAGGUAGACGUAAAGCCACGUAAGGUAUAUCGACCUCGAAUUCUUUCGGACUUCGCCGUCAUCUCAGCAAAGCUAUAUGGUCCUCAAGCAUCUUUAAACAGAUCAAGGAGCUGGGACUACUAAAGAAGCUCGGCGAAAGCGCAGCAUCGGAGUGCGUCGGAGGUGUGCGGUGGUGGCCCAGGCCGAUAGGAGUGGUCCGGGAUGCAGACAAUCAAGUGUGUUGUGGUGGGCGAUGGAGCUGUGGGAAAGACCUGUCUGCUCAUAUCAUAUACCACCAACAAAUUUCCUUCAGAAUAUGUUCCAACCGUUUUCGACAACUAUGCUGUCACUGUUAUGAUUGGUGGGGAACCAUAUACGUUAGGCCUGUUUGAUACAGCCGGUCAGGAGGAUUACGACCGGCUCCGCCCUCUCUCGUAUCCGCAAACAGAUGUUUUUCUCGUUUGUUUUUCGGUAGUCAGUCCAAGUUCAUACGAAAAUGUGCGCGAAAAAUGGGUCCCCGAAAUCACGCACCAUUGCGCCAAAACGCCUUUCCUGCUGGUGGGCACGCAGAUUGAUCUACGGGACGACCAAGGCACGCUGGAGAAGUUAGCCAAAAAUAAACAGAAGCCUGUGUGCGCUGAACACGGGGAUAAACUAGCCAAGGACCUGCGCGCCGUCAAAUAUGUCGAGUGCUCAGCCCUUACCCAAAAAGGGCUGAAGAAUGUAUUUGAUGAAGCAAUUUUGGCGGCACUUGAACCGCCAGAAACGAAGCCUAAACGAAAGUGCGUACUUCUUUGAAUAAGACUUAUAGAUAGGAAGAGCCCUUCUACCCUCUCAGACACAGGGAACUAAGGACGAAAGGAAGACGUGUGUGAAGAAUAUCGUUCCGCCUCCACAAUUUUCACGCCCUCAUACAUUCACCCAACUCCCCAUUGCCCCGUUACGUCUGCUGUAACGAAAACAUCCAGCCUCGCCAUCCUUGCCUUCGGAUGAUGAGCACGUUAGCUGUUUGAAAGUACUAGCAACAACAGAAGCCAACAUUCAAUAGCUUACAUGGCAAAACCAAUUGCAAGCAACAAACGGCACACAGCCAACAAGUUAGAUACGUUUGAUUUCGGCCUUAACACAUGACCUUUAAGACAAACAUAAUCGGUGUCUGGAACGUCAUAUUAAGUAACGCACACACACACACACAUGAAGGACAGUUUGGCUGAAAUGCUCUCGGUGGAGCGACUGUCACUUCAGUCCAUCGAACUAUUGCAUAUGUUUAUCGAUUACUUGAGUACUACACAUGAAACAACGUCUCCAUGUAACAACGCCAUUCGCGUCGUUACAUGGCGCGUUAACCCGUUAAACUGAGCAACAAGUGUGCUGUAUCACGGUGCGAUGAUUUUUCGCGGCAAAUAACUUACGUAUGUAUGACGUGUUAUUACGUUAUUGGCCGUGCGUAGAGCUGGCAGUAGACUAUUACCAAACAAAAAAAAUAUAUAUAUGCGUGUGUGUAGGAUGGUGUGAGGCAGAAGUAAGAUAAUAACGAGUUAGUUGUUCCUUAUUCGUAUAUAAAGCAUGCUAUAGAACAUCUAGUUACUGCCAAAACAAUACCCGAGGUCCUAAGGACGUACAUCAGUACGCGUAAUCGAAAUUUUGGACGUGAAAGUAACCCACCGGCAUAUUCAUCACAUUUAUAUAGCUAGCAAGAAUUACCAAAUCAAUAACAAAAAAGAAUAACAUGAAAAGGGAACCCUCGACAAUAACAUGCAUAGAAUCAUAAUUGCUAUAUUGAGAAUAUUUUUUUUUCAUAAGAAGCUAAACAGCAUCACGCAGUACUAUUACCUAGUUCGAGUGCUUCAGUUGAAUUCAGUUUUAGUGAUAAGCCUUUGGGAAUAACAAGUCAGUGGCGGAAAUCGACUCGCCUACGGUUUCAUGCGUUUAUGGAAGAAAAGAGACGUUGUCUUAUGUAAGUACCUAUUGCUGUUCGCUAGUAGGUUAAAAUGCUGAUAGUAGAAGCAGUUUAAAAAUGCCUAACACUGAUUUGUUGAGACAUACUGAAGUAAAUAUUUGCCGCCGAAAUUAGUUGCCGUUAUUAGUAUUGUUUUUGGUUGUCGUCGACAUAAUAGCAAAGGUUCUGUUGAGAAAGGCUAAUGGCUAAAGCGUUUAGCUCCAGAAAGUCACGAGCACUGGCUGGAACAUUUUCUAUUUAUAAAAUUAUAUUGUCUAUCGAUUAAUAAUAAGAUUGGAAAUAAUGGACUGCGCCGCGGAAUCUUACCUAUUAUAGAGAUCCGCUAUACUAGCAUUGUUACUACUACUAAUAAUAAUGAUGCUAAUGGUAUCCUGAGCGUCAGCCUAACCAAAAUUAAACCAUAUAAAUAGUGAAGGGACAUAUAUAAAGAGGCUAAUUUUUUAAGUAUAGUUAGUAUCAAGUGUUGUACCCUGUUGACACUGUUGAGUGGUAUCAUGUUCUAGUUACACAGAUAAUUAUGAUGAUUAUUAUAUGAUUGACGACGAUGGCGACGAUAAUAAUAACAUCUAUCGUUGCUGAUAGCUGUCUAUGAUAUUUGGUUAGGCAACAAAAAUCGGAAAUUAUGGUAUAUGCAGCACGUUGUAUUACGAUUAUUACCAUUAAUAAGAAUAAUUAGGUAGUAUUAGGUUCUUAUUAUCAUUAUGACUUUUUUAAUGAGUGACCGCUGGGGGUAGUCGUAAAAUAAAAAAAAAAACAUAAAACUCAGCCCUUAGUCAUCAGAUACCAUACAAAAAAUAUUUAUUAUUGAUUGCCAAAUCGUAAUUUUACGAAUUUCGCUUGAACGACGCCUUUUUGAACUGACGACAAGAGAUGAACAGCACCACCAUCUACAACAAUAAUCAACAUGGUAGGACAUGAACUCCUUGUUCUAUUACCUUGCGAUAAAUAACAUACGGAGCUUGCUCGUUGACAUUUGCAUCGAUAGAGGCUUUCUGGUAUACAGACACACUUAUUAUGAAUUCAUGCUAGCGGUAAAACGAAACCUUCGAGUUGUAAUAUUUUCGAAUUUAAUAUAACGUUCCCCUAAUCAUUUAGUAGUUUCAGAUUAUUUAGAGGGCUUGUAAAGGAUCUUUCGAUGGAUGUAACAUCAAGAACAAGAGGCAUGAUUAAGUUUUCGAUAGCAAUAAGUCAAUCAUUAUUAUUAUCAAAUAGGAACCGUGUGAAGCGCUUGAGUAGAAAUUCCUGCAGACAGCAGAUGCUGCUAAACUAGAAUAAAAGGCAGAAGCCAGUAGAAGCCGAUGAAACUCAGUUACAAAAAAGUUGCGAGAUUAAAUCAGAGUUGAGAAUGAAACAUUUGGAUGGAUGGGUCUGCCGCCUUUUCCUAUGGUCACUGGCACCAGAACAUAGUACAUACAACUAUUUGUGCAUAGUAUCGAUUGACUGAAUGAGGGGAAACUUAAAUGGGAUGUAAGCAGAGCUUUUUUUGUCUGAAGCUAAAACGAAGAACGAGAGCCACUGUUUGAUUAUUGGAAGGCUGAACAUAAAUUACCUAGUCGGCUGAGCGUCAACAGUAACAAAUAAGAACACAAAUUAUAAAGUCCACGGUCUCCCAAUUAGAUCCCAACCAGCAGAGACACCUGAGUUUAUAAGCACGAAUGGCAUAAGAACAACAUACAAAUAGUGGGUACGGCGAAUGUGAGUGAAUAGAAUAAAGAAGUUUCAAAACGGAAAUAAUUAUAAGCAACUAAUUAAUUAAAGAGUCUUUUAAUAAAUAAAAGUGUUUCCUAUUUGCAUGAUGCAUGUCGUGUCUCAUCCACAAAAAUGUUAAGUCGUACUGUGAAGUGGAAUUCUUCUAUCAAAUGGAUUCGGUUACUUUUAAUAGGAAAUUAGGGAACAGUUUAGCUACCUGGAUACGGUGAGUGCCAGAGCAAUCCACUCAACAGACAGGCAGAUACGAGUGUACGUUAUUUCCGUACUAGUACACCGUGUAUGACUCUCGCGUACCUCUUUAUAACAUCAUGAUUAAUAAUAAAAUAAAUAAUUAUAAAUACAUUACUUACGUUACGUCAAACUUCAAAGAGGAAAAAAAUGUAGUGUGCAAACCUCUGUCGCUCGGCACCAUCGGCUAUAAAAACGCGUCUCGAGUUCAACGUUCUGUACCUAAGCAUUCCUUCAGACAGAUGGCUUUUCCAACAUUAAGCAAUGUGUAUUUAUCCUUGGCUUCGAAUUCGGACCACUACGUGCCCUCAGAUCUAACAGGCAAACUCUUUACACCGCACUAUCAUGAGGGUACCGUUGGCAGCACUGCUACUACCAUUUGUACUUGAUAAUAACGACAGACUGUAACAGCGCUAACAGUAGUUGUACGCUAGCAAAGAAUAACUUUAACAGCAGCAGAGAGACAGAACAAAUGUAGUAAUAACCUAAUAUAUAUAUAUAUAUAUAUAUAUAUAUAUAUAUAUAUAUAUAUGUGUGUGCGUGUGCGUGUGUGUUUGUGUGCGAAAAAAAACAACGCGGGCAGGAGAGUACCCAGCAGGUAAAGAAUGCUUGUAUGAUGUCGACGAACUGAAAAAGGAUUGAUUGGUCGUAUUAACAGUGACGCGACUGAUCCUGAUUACGAAUAAUGGAUUGAACUAGAUGAUCUAGGAGAAUGUGUAAUAGCGAAAAAUAUGUAAACGCAAGACAGGAGAAGUAUACAGAUGGGCGAAGUGCGAGGGACGUCGGCGCCGACAAGUGGGGGGUCACAGCAGAUGCCAACAUGGGAAAAUCGGGUGAGAACGAAAACAUUGCCAUUUUCACGAACGGCCAGCGUGUCAUGAAAAAAGGCCAAUAGGGACCUAAAUAGAGUUGAUAAGAUAUAGAAAACCGAACAGCUGCCUAGUAAAUGCUUAGAGAGACUUUAACGGCAGUAAAAUGGGCAAAGACAGAACUAGUGGAAAAGAGACCGGUAAGAGGGAUACAA